CCCUGUUGUUCUUGCAUUUUUUAAAUAGAUGAUGUAGGUGGGUAUCAACUCACUAUGAUAGUUAGAUUUCAUUGUAAACAUUUGAAAGAGUGAUGUGACAGCUUACUUUUAAAUGUCAGUAUUUUAAAUAUACUGGACAUUAUAUCCUUUUUAACAAGUUAAACUAUUUAAAAAUUUAGAUGUUACUUAAAAUUUUGUGAAAGGGUAAAUAAUUUUUCAGAAUUCUUCUAGAGGGUAUGGGAUCAAAGAAGCUUGAAGAGCACUGCUUUAGACAGUCAUACUCCCUUCUCUUCCCACUCCCUACCAUUCUUUCGAUUCCUGCCACAUGGGACUAUUUGUAAUUCCCCAAACAUACUAUGCCAUUUUUGCCGCUUCACCUGUGUACUCCGUUCUCUCUGCUUCCUCAUUCCUUCAAAAUCCUGGUUCUGUGUCACCUUCUUUGUUAAGAUAUCCAUGUUCUCCAUACCAGAAUGUGUUGAGAGAAAGCUAGUAUGUAUUGAAAUGCCUAAACAGGGUACAAGACCAAAGGAGCAGUUAAAUUACUGCCCUUGAUUUGUGUGCUACCCUUUUGUUAACACAUUCUGAGUUAGACUGUGUUCAGUUUUUACAAGGUAAAUCGCGUGGUUGGUCCACCUGCGAGUAUGGUGGACAAGGGCCCCCAAGUCAUUUUCCCAGGAACUGCUCUCAAGCAAGGUUCAUCCUUCAUUUAAUGUAUUUAUCCCAAAUUCUGUCUUAAUUAAUUUUGAUCCAUUUUACCAAGAUCACUUUCAGUGCAGAUAGUCUUUGGACUUUGCUUUUAUGCAGAUGUGACAAACAUGCUUUACGCAGCUUCAGGACCUUCAUAAAAAUUGGGGAAAAUAGUCAAUUAGGGAGCCAGGAAAAGACUUUCAUCAGGAGAAUGGCAGUCAACUAAUUUGGGGAUAGUUUCUAGUCAACUUGGGAUUUACCUAACUAUACUGUUAUCCUGUCCACAUUUAUCUCUUUAGAAUAUAAAGAAAUCUUUUCACAUGCCUUUCUAAAAUCAGGAUAUGCUGUGUCUAGACAUUUCCAUGAUUUCCCAGGCUAGGACUGCAAUAAAAAAUGAAAUGAGGUACUUUUUAAGGAACAAUUCACUCCCAAUUGACAAUGUAGAUUUUUCUCCUGUGGUGAAUUCUCUGUAUCCAUUCUAACAUUUUGUUUUGUUUUGUUUUGUUUUGUUUUGUUUUGUUUUGUUUUGUUUUGUUUUGACAGAUGAGCCUGUAGUUUACCUAUUUAUAUAUUCUAGACCCUUACCUGCUCACUUCCUUCAGGAGUGGUUUCUAAGAAUUUCUGAGGGUUUUUUUGUUUUGUUUUAACCAAAACACCAAGUUUGGAUGACCUUGUGAAAAUUGGGACAUUUUCUUGUCUACAGUCCUCCUCUUCAAUUCACUUAAUCUUUCAAAAAUUAUUUCCUAGCUUAUCAUGUCUGCAAAUAUUUUCAGUUCUUUGAAAUAUAUUUAUACCUGGAGACUUGAAUGCCUUGUACUGAGUAGAGAAUUUCACUUCUAAGUUCCCUCCCCAAAAGGGCUCUCUCAAAUGUCUCCUGAAUCAUGGAUUUCAGCUAACUUAUUAAUGUUUAUGCUACCCUUUUUAGUUUGAAAAUUGUUAUCUUAGAUGGAGAACAGAAAAGCAAAAAUAUGGGUUUUAAGUAUUCAAUCUUUCUCCUGCCCCCAGGAGUCUUACGGCCCCUGAAUAUUUUGGUGUCUUCAGCCUGUCAAAACGGUGUCAAGAAUGCCUGUCUUAGUUCUGCACUGUCCACCCGGCAUUUUAGUUCUCUGCAGACACCAGUUGUUGCCUCUGCUCCCAGACUUGCCACGUCUGUCAGAAACCUGACGUGUGGACAUACUGCAGCAAUCCUCAAUAGAGUGGCCCCCUUGCUUCCAAAUGUCCUGAAGCUACCAGUCAGAACCAUAACAUACUUCAGUUCACGGAAAGGGAAGAGAAAGACUGUGAAAGCUGUCAUCUACAGGUUUCUUCGACUUCAUUCUGGCCUGUGGCUAAGGAGGAAGGCUGGUUAUAAGAAAAAAUUAUGGAAAAAGACGACUGCAAGAAAAAGGCGCUUGAGGGAAUUCGUGUUCUGCAAUAAAACCCAGAGUAAGCUCUUAGAUAAAAUGACAACGUCUUUUUGGAAGAGGCGAAACUGGUAUGCUGACGAUCCUUAUCAGAAGUAUCAUGAUCGGACAAACCUGAAAGUCUAGAUCAGAAGUUUUAGGACCUCCCAGUUACUGAAUAUGUAUCUUUGUGUAAAUGAUGUCUUUGCAAAAAUGAAUAAGUGUAAAACCUGAUGUAAAUUGUGCCAAUUGGUAUGGAAACAUACAGUUCCAACAUUAAACUUAUUAAAGUUUUAAAACUUAAUGGAUUAAACAUUUCAAAAUUUGUUCAGGGAAAUGAGAGUUUAAAAUUGUUGAUUAUUUUUAAUAAAUGGUAAUGGCUUAACUAUUUCUACUUAGGCUUAUCUAGUUGCAAGGAAUUUGAAGUUAGAGCAGGCAUAAGAAGACUGAAAGCCAACAAGUUACCUCAAGCAGUGUGACAUUAUUUGAAGGAUGUGUGCCUGGGAACUCAGGAACCAUCUCACCAGCUCCAUCCCCCUCCCAGAAAUAACCCCCAGGUCUCAGGAACGAACAGAAAUUGUAGGGUGUUCCAAGAUCCAAGGCACCUCUAAGGGCCUCAGGAGCAAAAGAUGCUAGAUUUUUAGGGUUGGGGGUCUGCCAUGCAUGUGACUCAGUUUCUGCCCCCAUCAUAAUCCUAGCUCAUACCUUUCGGGUUGUUUUCUGCGUCCUAACCCUCAGCUCCCAUCUCCAGGCUCCAGUUGCCAAGAGUCUCUAACUGGGCCAGCUUAUCUCUUUACACCAGGUCUUCUCAGGGGUCAUUGACCGGUGUCAGGAGCCUACCCUGCCUCAGUUGGUUGUGUUAGCAGGUUCACAUGGAGCAGUUUCGCUUAGAGGUGAGCUUGGGGUUGUAGCACACAUCUAGUAUGCUAGGCUUAUUGGUUCAUAACAGUUCUCAGUUUAUUGGAACAGGAUUUUUAUAGGGAGAAGAGUAAAUCAAACAGCCUUUCUGUAUGCCCAUUCAUGAAACAGAAGAGGCUUUACACGUGAGGACAAAAACUUCUUAUUCAAGAGUUGAAAGGUACUGUAUUUUCUAAAAGAUGACUUAUCUACCAGAGAUUUCAUGUUUUUAAUUGUGAGGAUAAACAUUUUCCAAAGGCACAUUGUAGACACUAAGCAAGAGUUAAGCAUUGUUCAUUUGAAGAGGGCUGGGUAAGAGGCAUUAAGGAAAAUUCUCUUCACCAUGUGGUUAAAGCUAGGGCAGUGGUUCUGAGCUGUCCCAUCAGAGUCAUCUGGGAAGCAUUUUCCAACAAGAGAGCACUUGGCCUGCUUGAAAAACCACUGUAGAUCUUAACCAACUUACGAUGGGGUUACACCCCAGUAAACCUAUUGUAAAUUGGAAAUAUUGUUAAGUCAAAAAUGCAUUUAAUACACCUAAGCUACCAAACAUCGUAGCUUGGCCUAACCUACCUUACAUGUGCUCAGAAUACUUGCAUUAGCUUACAGUUGAGCAAAAUCACCUAACACAAAGCCUAUUUUAUACUGAAGUGUUGACUGUCUUGUGUUUAUUGAAUACUGUACCAAAAGUGAAAAACAGAAAGGUUGUGUGUGGGUGAGGAUGGUUGUAAGUCUAUCCGUUGUUUACCCUUCUGAUCACGUGGCUGACUGGGAGCCUCGGCUCGUUCCCACUGCCCAGCAUCACGAGAGAAUAUCUUACCACAUAUCACUAGGCCAGGAAAAGAUCAAAAUCAGAAUUUUUAAAAGUACGGUUUCUACUGAAUGUGUGUUGUUUCACACCAUCAUAAAGUCGAAAAAUCUAAGACCAUCGUGAGUCACGGACUGUGUCUAUUAAUUAGAAUUCUGCCUCAAUUACUACUUCAAAUCCUUUAAUAGUUGAUGAUAAGAUGAAGUUUCUCUAUUGUUAAUAGAAUAAGGUUAAAGAUAACCAAGUUGAAAUUCUGUGGCAAGUCAGGAGAGGAACUUCUUGAAACCAGUGCAUGUUCCUUAAAAGGAAAAGGGGUGACAAUAGAGUGUUCCAAAACUAGAAGACCACCUGUAUGUCUAUUUAUGUGACCAAUUAAUAAAGAGCAGACAUUUGAUUGGAGAUGAGGCAAGACUGCAGCAUGCAGUGGCAUUCUGUUUUGAUGGGUUUUCAUUUUCUUGUAACUUCUGAGAUGGCAGAAUCUAAGCACUUCAGGGUUUCCACAUCACUUCUCACCCAUCCAGCUCCUGCCUCCACUCACCCCUGGUAGCAGGAUGGAACUGGUACCUGAAGAAGUUGAGGAGGAGGCCGCUUUCCCACUGCCUCUGUGACUUCGCUAGUGCAAACACAGACAACAAAGCUCUCAGUUAUAGGGGCCUCAGAGCACCUUGGUUUUUCCCGUAGACCCAGGGUAGGAGGGGUAGAGACCAGAACCGGCAACCAGACCUCAGCAUCCAGACACGGAUUGAGGUGUAAGGGCUGCCACACAUGUGAUUUCGGAGAAAGGGAAUUUUCGUGUAUAUGGCUUUUGUUUUAUGGGUAGCAGGGCUUAUCAUCCACACUGAUUUUAUACUCUGACAACCAAACAUCUUUCAUUAAAGAGCCUACUGAAAUGGCACCGAACUUUA